CGCGCUCGCCGGGGUCGUGAGCUGUCGUGGCGGUGUUUUGGGGGAAACGGUGGCCGCACGCCCCGCUUUCCGGGAAUCUCAUCGGGGUCUCGUGGCCCCGGAGGCUGCGAUGGCGGUGGCCUGCGCGGUCGUGUUGGCGUUGAAAGCAGAAGCGGAGGAGGAAGAGAAGGAUCCCGGGGACGGGCGAGACCCCGAAACCUCCCGGAGACGCUUCUGGCGGCUGCGCUCCGGGGACGUGUCCGGCCCGGAGGAGGCGCUGAGCCGCCGGCGGGAGCUGUGCCGCCGCUGGCUGCGGCCCGAGCGGCGCUCCGAGGAGCGGAUGCUGGAGCUGCUGGUCCUCGAGCAGUUCCUCAGCCUCCUCGCGCGCCGGCUGCAGGACCCCGUGCGCCACCUGCCCCCCGAGAGCGGGGAGGAGGCAGGGGCCUGGGCGCGCGCCCUGCACCCGGCCUCCCCGCAGGGCACCCCGACUUUCAAGGCCAAGGCUGGAUCACCGACCCGGGGAGAGUGGCAGCAGCUGGCCGCGGCCCCCCAGAAUGGCUUGUGCAAAGAGAGCACUGAGGACUAUGGGAGCACGGCCUUGCCCGGCCUGGAGAACCAAGCUGCCUGGAACCCCAUCCUGAUCCCAAAGCAGGAGAAGGACUGCAAGAAGGAGGUCAAGCCUGCGCAGGCCUGGUACAAGGCGCGCCCCCAAGGACGGACCUCAACAGGGAAGAGAAACUACCUAAAGAUGCUGUCCUGCCACCGCCACACCCCCAGGGUUCUCCAGGAGAGCCAAGGUACCACAGCUACCAUGCACGUCCCCUGUGGGGUCAACGAGGAAGAGCUUUGGAGAAGUGGAGAGCCGGGGUGCACAGCCAUCUCACAGGUCCCCUGUGGGGCCAAGGAGGAGGGGCUUUGGAGAAGUGACAACUUUGAGGAGGUUGUCACCGCCCUUGCCCUUGCUCAGGAUCAACUUUACCACUUUUGUGAAGUAGUCCCCACUGGAGAACGAGUUUGCUGUGGGGAGUGGAGCCCAGCUCAUCUCCUCCGUCUGCUACUUUGAGUCUGAAAAGGACUGGUGGGUGAGCAAGCACAUUAAGAAGCCCAUUCCACAGUCCUCAGCUUGGGCUGGCACCCCAACAACAUUUUGCUGGCUGUAGCAUCAUGUGACUUCAAAUCCAGUGUGUCGACUCUGAAGACAGAAUUUCUACCACUGCUCAGUUUGUCCUCAGAGAAGAGCAUCGUGGCCGAGCCAUGUGUCAAUUUACAAGGUAGACCAGCAAGACUGUCGAAAAUUCUGCACCACUGGCAUCGACGGGGCCAUGAAGAUCUGGGAUUUCAAGAUAUGUCUCUCCAGUGGUGGUCGGCAGUGCUGGGGUGCAGACCGGGCCAUGCACGCACUAUCCACUGAGCCACCCUGCCGCAGUGUCUGCUGAAGAGCUGGCAUUGGAGUCCCUAAGGGGAGCACAGCCCCCAGCAGGCAACCUGGAAGCCACCAUGGGUGUUAAUAUCCUGAUAGGAGCCACAGGUCAGUAGAGAGCAGUAUGUUCCUUUUGUCACAGCAAGAAAAAUGGUUAUUUUGCUGGACAAGGACUAUUUCACUAAUUCUGGAUGAAUACUGUUUUUGGUAUGUGUGUUUAUUUGUUUGUCUGUUUUUGUUUUUGUUUGUUUCUAAUCCCCAGAAUUCCUUUGAUACUGCAUGUUGAGCAGGUCCAGGACUGACAUUUUUGGAUAAUUGCACUUCAUGGGACCUAAGAAGUUUAAACUUGUUUUUUAAAUUAUUUAAAUUAAAUAGUGUAAUCAGGAGAGCCUGAUUAAACUAUUCCCACCUAUUAUGUCCUUUUAAAAAGUAAUGGGUUUAGUUAUCACAUGCCACUUUAGAGAUUUCCUUAUGAUGUGUUUUUAUUUCCCAUACUCAAAUGUGUCAUAUUUUUAAAAUCAUAAUUAUUCGGCAGAAUAUCUUUAGGAAGAACCUAACAGUCUGGUAGAAUUUUUCUAUCUUAAUGAAAACUGUAUAAUUACAUGUAUUAAUGAAAUUACACACUUUGCAGAAGUCAAAAAUUAUUACUAUCAUCAAAUACAAUCACCAUAAACACAGGUAAUUCUAAUUUUGAAUGAUUUGUCCAUGAUUAUAUGUCCGAAGUAUAAUACAUAUUUUAUUAAUUAAUGUACAGAGCAUCUCCCAUGUUUCAGUUACAAUUCUUUGUGUAUCUAGGAUUAAUAUAUAAAAUUUACUGUAUACUAGUAAGCAUGUGUACUCCUCUCCACUCUUCCAAGCUUUCUGACUUCUUCGUGCAUGAAGCUUUCUGACCAUGUCUCAGUAAAGCACAUUCACCUUUAAAGUAUUCUAUGAUUUUUGCAUGUGUUAGACACCACAGUUCACAGUUUUAAUGAUUCUGCAUGCUGCCUUUUUUCACCUGGGCCUUUAACAGGUUAAAAAAUUAGGAACUGAUAAUCUUUGGAGAUGAAUAUAAAUUUCAUGAUAUUUUUAUAUUACUGUCUUUUAAAUAUUAUUAUUAUUUUCAUUUAUUUCAAUUUAUUCAAAUUAUAUUGUGGCUGUGGCCCCCUCUCUCAUCUCUUCCCAAUCCCACCCUCCUUCCCUCUUCUCGCCUUACACCCCUACCCUAGUUCUCCCCUUUUUUUUUGAACCUAUACAAGUAUUCCUCUUAUUUGACCCUGUAUAAGUAUUCCUCCUAUUGUUACACUGAUAUCAUUACAGUUAUCUAUCCUUCCAUCUAACAUCUAUCCUCUAUCGUCUAUAUCAUAUAUCUAUUACACACACAUACACACACAGUUUUGAAUAUGUUAUUUCUUCGAAACACGUGGUUCAAAAUUUUUUUUUUAAAAUCAAUGUCUUAAAGUCAAAAUUUGAAAUGCAUGUGUCCCUUUGUCAGUUAUGGCUUGAGCCUUAGAAUGUUGAUAUCACAGUGGUUUCUCCCCCUGACUACUACAGAAUGUUUAUACUUCAGUGGUUUGUCUACAAACUGCUGUAGCCAUUUUGGUUAGUGCCAGGAAAGAAAAGGAUAAUUUUUUGCCCACUGAAAGGUUCUCUAUUCCAGGCUCCAAUGUAAAGGUAUUUUAAAAUGCUCAUUAUGAUUUUCAUGCUAGACUAAUGGUUUCAGGAAGUGUUCUGUCUUGAGUUCUCUAGAACCUGUGACCUAAUUCUUAACAGUUUUCUCAUGAAAAGCUACUCUGUUAGCAAUAAUCAGUACCAUUCCCCCAAAGAAACAAAGUUAUCAUGACAGAGAGGUAUGCUUUGAGUUAUUAUACACGAGAAUGAUAGCUAUGUAUCUUCAAAACUAUAUGCCCAAGAUAUGAGAGAUUAUUUUCUCUUUCAUCUAGUUGUAUUACCCACUAUGCCAACAAAGUUUUGUUGGAAACUGCUUAAAUUUCAGCCCCAAAUUCAACAACUUUCUGGUUUCAAACAUAUAUUUCUCAAUAUGUGAACACUGAUUCUGCUAGAUAGGAAUGACUUUCCAGACUUACUCAUUUAAUUUCAAUUUUAUUAUGAAACUGCAUUGGCAAUAUUUUAUAAAAUACCUUUACAUUAUUGCCAGAUGCAUUUGAUGACAGCCUUGGCUGAUGUCUCUCUUUGACUGUUCAAUUCACAGGGAUCUUUAAUCCUUCCCAAGUAAAAACUAUGGCGUGUCAGUACAUAUUUCUUGAAUGAAAUAAAAUGACUUAGGCAUGGUAAUAUUCACUUAAUAAAAUAUAUACCUUAAAUAUUCCAACUUUAUGAACAGGAGCAGUAUACAAACCAGUAAAAUAGUAGCCACUCUGUUAUUACAGGGAAUAAUUUUAUUAUGGGUCAGAGAGGAAAGAUGAUGUUCAGAGGUACCUGGAAGAGUUCAGAGCAAAGAAAAAAAGAAGCAGACGUGAUAUGACCAAGACUGUCUAGAAGAGAAUGGAGAAUAUUAGGAGAAAAGUAGAGAUAGCUUAGACAGAGACAAACUAUGCUUUCAUAAAUGCACAGGCUGGACCUAGGUCCACCUACACAUAUGUAGCAGAUGUGUAUCUUGGUCAACAUGUGGGUCCCCGAACAAUUGGACUGAGGGCUGUCUCUGACUCUGUUGCUAGCCUUUUAGUUCCUUUUCCCCUAGCAGGGCUGUCUUGCCUGUCCUUAGUGAGAGAGGAAGCUCUUAGUCCUACCUCAUGUUAUGUGUCAGGGUGGGUUGGUACACAGAGUGACCCUCUCUGAAGAGAAAGAGGGAAUGAGGGAGGGGAGAAUGAUGUGGGAUUGUGAGGAGAGAAGGGCCGGGGCCUGGAAUGAAGAUGUGAAAUUUAUAAAUAAAUUAAUUAGUGUAAAAAAAUCAGGAUAUUUCUAGACUAUUUAGGAAAUUAGGAUAGUGCAGAAAGAGUUGAGGCUGUUUGGGAAAGUAUAGGAAUCUAGAUGGUUGUUUUGAGAUGUAUAAAAAGUCCAUUUACAUCCCCUUCAAGGAACCUGGAGACCACCAUGGGUGUUGAUAUCUUGAUAGGAGUCAUAGGUCAAUAGAAAGCCAUAUGACCCUUUUGUCAGAGCAAGGAGAAUGGCUAAUUUGCUGGACUAUUUCACUACUAUUUUAAAAAUAAUGGGUUUAGUUACAGCAUGCCACUAUAUAGAUGUCCUUCUAAUGUGUUUUUAUUUCCCAUACUCAUGUAUCACAUUUUAAAAAUCAUUUAUUCAGCAGAAUAUCUUUAUGAAGAACUUUAUAGUUUGGUAGAGUUUUUCUGUCUUAAUUAGAAAUGUAUAAUUACACAUAUUAAUGAAAUUACACACUUCAAAAAUUAUUCCUAUCACCAAAUACAAUCAUUUUAAACACAGGCAUUCUAAUUUUGAACGAUUUGUCUGUGAUUAUUUUAUGUCCAAGGUAUACUACAUUUCUUUAUUAGGAAACUUACAGAGUAUCUCCCUUGUUUCAGUCACAAUUCUUUGUGUGUCUAGGAUUAAUAUAUAAAAUUUACUAUACACUAAUAAGCAUGUGCACUUCUCUCCAAUCUUUAAAACGUUCUAACUUCUCUGUGCAUGAAGCUUUCUGACUGUAUCUUAGUAAAGCAUAUUCAUCUUUGAAGUAUGCUAUGAUUUUUGCAUUUCUUAGACUCCAAGGUUCACAGUCUUAAUGAUUUUGCAUGAAGCCUUUUUUCACAUGGGCCUUUAGCAGGUCAAAAGAAUUAGGAAUUAAUAAUCUUUGGAGAUGAAUAUAAAUGUCAUGAUUUUUUAUACAUACUCUCUUUUUAAUAUUGCUGUUAUUAUUAACGUUUAUUACAAUUUAUUCAAAUUACAUUGCGGUUAUGGCCCCCUCCCUCAUCUCCCAAUCUCACCCUCCUCUCCUGCUAUGCCCCUCCCCUAAUGCACUGAUAGGGAAGGUCCUCUUCCCCUUCUAUUUGAUCCUAGUCUAUCAUGAUGUUUUAUAAAGGUAUUCCUCCUAUUUUGGAACACAUCUUACAGGUAUCUAUCCUGUCUAACAUCAAUCACCUAUCGGUCAUCUAUACAUAUAUCUUUUACACAAACAUACACACAUAUAUGGUUGUGAAAAUGUUAUUCCAAACACAUAUUGUUCAAGAAUUGUUCAAAAUCACUGUUUUAUAAAGUCAACAGUUUGAAAAAAGUGAAAUGCAUGUGUCACUUUGUCAGUUAUGGCCUGAGCCUUGGAAUGUUGACAUCACAGUGGUUUCUCCCUCUGACUACUACAGAAUGUGUGCUCUUCAGUAGUUUGUCUACAAACUGCUGUAGCAGUUUUUGUUUGGUGCCAUGAGAGAAAAGCUUAAUUUGUGCCCAGUGAAAGAUUCUCCAUUCUAGGCUCCACUGUAAAGGUAUUUUUAAAUGACUAUUAUGGUUUUCAUGGUACACUAAUGGUUUCAAGAAGCAUGUCUUGAUUCAUUCAGAUUAUGUAAACCCAGAUUCAUGAAAAAAUACUCAUACUACAAUUUAGUACCAUUCCCCAAAAGAAAGAAAAAAAUACCUGAAGUAUGCUCUGAGCUAUAAAGAAAAAAGGUGUUUGUAUAUUUGACCAAGUUAUGAGUGAGGACUAUUCUCUGUAGCAUCUAAUUUUGGUACUCAUCCUGACUACAAGGAUUUGUUUUAAAUUUGCGUCAGAUUUCAACCUUAAAAUCUGAAAACUCUCUGGUUUUCAACAGACUUUUAUUGUUUCUAACAUAUUUUGUGUUCUUUCAAACCUAAAUCUCAAUAUUUUGAUAUAGAUUCAGAUUAGACAACUGUUUUCCAAACGUGCUCAUUUACUUUCAAUUCUGUUAUCAUAAAACUGAAUUAGUACUACUUUUAACGUACCUUUACAUUACAUACCUUUCAUUUAUGUGCAUAUUGAAAACCAUUGACUGCUGUCUUUCUUUGACACUUUCAUUCAUUUCAUUAAGUGUUUUCUAACUCAAAGCUAUGGGAUCUCUGUAUACAUUCCUUGUUUUUAGCAGCGUAAUAGUCACUUAAGUACAGAUAUAUUUUAAAUGUUCAAUUAUAUGAUCUGGAUAACAGGAAAAAACACCAAAUCUUAGAUGAUUACAGGAAAGACUUUUAUUAUGGAUAAAAGAUUAAAAAUUUUCAGAGGAUUCUAGAAAAGUUCAUACGAGAGGGGAGAAAAACAUAUUUCAUGUGACCAAACUGGCUAGGAGAAAAGAAACAAUAUUAAGACAGAAAGGUGGAGAUAGCUCAGACAAGUAAAGAAACUGCCUUCAUAAAGGGAUAAUUACACUAGAAUAUUUUGGGAGUUAGAAGAGUGCAGGAGGAGUUAGGCUUGUUUGGGAAUGACAGGAAUACAGGUGUGGGUUCUGAGAUGUGUAAGAAGUACUUUUGUUUCCCCUUCACUUGACCUGCAGGCCAGCAUUGGUGCUGAUAUCCUGAUAUCACAGGUCAAUGGAGUGCCAUAUGUCCCUUUUGCCAGAGGCAAGGAAAAUGACUUCUUUUGCUAUUUAAGAACUGUAUCACAAAUUCUUUAUGAAUAUUGUUUAGUAUCAGUAUUUUUUCCUGCAUUCCAAUGUUUCAGCCAUUUGAAAGAAGAAGUAUUGAGUAGAAAAUCUUUAUAAAGUACUUUACAGUUUGGUAGAGUUUUGCUAUCUCAUUUAAUACUGUAAAAUUAUACAUAUUAAACUACACAGUUUACAGAAGGUACAGUUUACUAUCAACAAAAUUCAAUCAUUUAAAGAAAUAGGCAUUCUAAUUUUAAAUGAUCUGUUCAUGAUUAUCUUGUGUCUUGUAUACUACAUAUUUGAUCAUGAGAUUUACCGAGUAUCUUCCAGGUUGUUUCAGUCACAAUUCUACGUGUCUUUAGCCUUUACUAUAUACUAAUAAGCAAGUAUCCUCCUCUGUAGACAUCAAUGCUGUCUGACUUUCUUGUGCAUGAAGCUUUCUAUCUCAGUAAAGCAUAUUCCCUUUGAAAACCUAUGAUUUUUACAUCUGUUAGGCCCUAAGGUUCACAGGAUUAAUGACAUCUCCAUAUUGCCUUUUUCAGGUGGAACUUUGAUAGGUUAAAAGUAUUAGGAAUUAAUAAAUGGGGAUAAAUAUACAUUUCACCAUGUUUUGCACCAAUUAUUUUGCCUCUUAUUGCACACAUAUUGCAUUAGGGUGAACAAUGAUAUCCAUGUUGCUACUACAAUGGCCAAUUUUUAGGAGUCACCUACUUUGGCCUUCAUUUAACGUUUGGCAUCAAUAUGUCCUUUUUGUGAAUUACUCUAGUAUUUCUUUUUCUCUCCAAUAUGAUGCUUUGCAAUGUGCUUCCUGCUUUAAUUUUUAAACCAUGAAUAAUAUUGGCAAACUUUAUUAAUAAUGGAUAGUCUUUAUUACUCAAAUUAAAAAAUGAUUUUAGUUGAAAUACAAUUACUUCACCCCCUUCCUCACUCUGGGCAAGUGGUUCUCACCUUUGGAGAUGCUAUAUUUGAUAUCUUCCUAUCAGAGACUUAUAUUAGAAUUCAUAACAGUAACAAAAUUACAGUUAUAAAGUAGCAAUGAAAUAAUUUUAUAAUAAUAAAGCAUAAUAACCAUAAAAUAAUUUUAUGGUUGUAUCCUAUGACAUGAGUAACUGUAUUAAAGUGUUAAACACUGAUCUAUAUCCUACCAGCUACACUUCUUCAAACUUGAGUCUUCUCAUGACUCUCAAGUUGAUCACUUCUGGAAAAAAAAAGCCUAUUUCUCCAAUCUCUUCCCAAUACUUCUCUUCCUAAGUGUCCUCUUCCUAUUUCAUUUUAAAUAUGCUUAUAGCUCAACAGAAUCGUGCUUUGGGAAUUGAGCCUGUGUUUUAAAACUGUGCACCCUUUGAAAUUUAGUAUGGAUAUCAGUCUUGUAAUUAUCCACUGAAUACCUGUUCUGUUAGGUCGAGACCUGUCCUAGGAGAAUCCAUAAACUACAUGGAAGCCUGUGAGGAGUUCACCACCAAUGGAAUGUACUGAACCUCGCUAUGCCAAGGCUCCUGAGACAGAACAAGAAAAAAACAUCUCUCCUUGUUUGAUGAUAUUUUGGUUGUGUCUAAUAACCUUUGAGUAUGUCCCUCAUGCCUGCCACUUUGAUUAGGCUUUACUGUACAAAAAUAAAAUAGUUUUGAUUUA